UUUUAUACCAAUAUUUUCGGUAUCAUCUUCAUAUUCUUGUUGAAUAUCUCUAUCAACACUUCAUCAUUCGUACAACAUCAAGCAUACAUUAAGCUAAUAAAGUUAUCAAACAAUGAUAAUUUCGUGCUAUUAUUGUCAUGUCCAAGUAAUGAUUAUUAUGAUGAUUCCAUUAUUCAUCUGAAUUCACUAAAUACGGACACGGAACCAUUGAAUGUAUUCACAAUCAAAUCAGAUGGUCAUAUUGAAUCAAUUAAUAAUUUAAUGCAAACAUAUUUCCAUGGAAUAAUCACAAAUUCCAAAUGGAAUCAUGUGAUUGCAAUUUAUGCAACAGGUAUUAUUGUUGUUGCGAAGAAAAAAAUCUCUUUGAUGAUAUUUACCGAUUCAAAAGAAUUCUAUUUAACACCAAGAAUUUCUUUUGAUGAAAAUCAUCAAAAUGAUAAUUCAAAUCCGCAUUUUAUCAUCAUCGAUAAUCAAUUACCUAUCGAUAUACCAAAUCUCUUUCAGUUAAAUUCUCAUCGACAUCGACGUAGUACAAACAAUUCAUCAAUUUAUUAUUGUGGUAUCAAAUUGAGAAUCAAUUAUGAUUUAUUUCAACAAUUUAAUUGUGAUUUAAUUUCCACUGUUCAACAUAGCCAAUUUGUGAUACGAUUUCUUAAUCAGAUAUUUUUUCAAACCAAAUGGUCAGAAAAUGGAUUUGAAAAUUCAUCAAUCGAUAUGGGAAAAUUUGGUGUAGUGCCAUGUAAAAUAAUUAUUGAAACCCAACCGCAACAAUUUACAAUACAAUCUAAUUGGACAUAUUCAGAUAUGGAGAAUUAUAUUCGAUCCAUUUCUGAUGGUAAUUUUUGCCUAUCACAUGUAUUCACCAAUGUGAAUCUUUACAAUAUUAAUGGAAUGACAUAUAAAUCACGUAUUUUCGAUGAAAAUAUUAACGGUGGUAUAUCAAGUUUUGGUCAUUGUGAAAAUCCAUGGGAAAUUUAUUGUAUCCUAAGUGUUGUACAUGAAUUCGGUCAUAAUUUCGGCUCAUCACACGAUAUUGAAAACGAGGAUUGUAUGCCUGAAGAAGGUGGAUCUUAUAUAAUGAGCUUUCCAUUUAAUGAUAAAAAAGGACCGAAUAAUUUUAAAUUUUCACCUUGCUCAAAUCGUGCCAUUUAUCAUAAUUUAGCAAAGAAAAAAGGACAAUUCAUUACCAUGUAUUUAGAAGGUUCUUGUUCUAAUAAAAAUAAAUGUGGUGAUGGAAUUCUUGAAAAAGGUGAAGAAUGUGAUGAAGGUCCUAAAGGUGGUCAUUGUUGUGAUAAAAAAUGUCAUUUGAAACCUGAAGCCGAAUGCAGUAAAAGUCAACCUAAUGCUUUAUGCUGUAAUGAUGAAUGUAAAAUUCGCCAAAAAGAUGAACAAUGUCUGCCGAAAGAUUUGAAUUUUUGUCUAAAUAAUGCCGUUUGUGAUGGUUUCUCAUAUGAAUGUCCUAAUCGUAAUAAAUUACCUGAUAAUACUUCUUGUGGUGAUAAACAUUUGGAUGGAUUUUGUUAUAAUGGUUAUUGUAAAAUGUGUGAACGACGUAUCGAUGGAUGUUAUUUUUGUUGUGUGGAUAAAUUCCAAAAAACCUGUAUAACAAACCCAAUAAUGAUGCCAGCUGGUUCAACAUGUCAUCUGAAAGACUCAUCUAUGCCUGGUAGAUGUGAUCUACAAGGCAAAUGUCAAGAUUUAAUUUCGAAUAUAAUUUUAGAAAUCAUUAUAAUUCUUUUCCUAAUGCUAAUACUGUGGUGUUCAAUAGAACAAUUUAAUUCGAUUUGAAAGUCACCCACAAAAAAUUCGAUGCACAUUGAAUUUCUUUUCUUUCUUUUCUCAUGUAACCAUUUUUAAAAACAGUAUAUAAAUCUAAAACAUAUCCAAUGCUAAAAACGUGAUCUUUUUAUUCGUUUUCUUGUUCUCAUACGAUUAAUACUAUCAAAAAUAAAAACCUAGUUUGAAAUAAAUAUUCGUUUUUCUGUUCU